CUCUACACUGCUGCCAUACCCGUUUCUAAGCUCUGUCGGCUUUAGAGCGGCUGCUGCAACUCGGAGAGUGUGUGUGCUCGCAGACACACACACGCACUGCCUCUCACGAUCAACAGGAGCACUGACUACAGUGCAGCACGAGGCAGAAGCAAGCAGUCAGCCACCAGCGCGUGGUUUGCGCUGCAAAACAAAUCUUUUCUUCGAAGCGUUUCUCAGUUGAGAAUUUUGAUUAUUUGCGUUGCAAGUUGUCUUGCUCCCUUUUUCAAAGAAGCAGUACGCAAGACAACACGGAUGGAUGUGGUGAUCGCAGUUUUAUCGUUCUGCCCACACCCCUCCUGAGAGAAAGGCAGGUCCCAGCCUUCGGCUCCGCUGAUAGCACUGGGGAAAGUGACACUCGGGGAAGCUGGAAGACAUCGAGAGGAGGAUAUCGCCCAGAGUGACUGUGGAUAUUCUGUUGCUGUGAAGACUUUCGCCUCUUUUCUAUUACUUUGAAAUUGACGACUGUACGGCGAAUUCGAGGACCUGACUUUGGAACUGGAUACCUGACCAAGCGGCAGACAUGGAGUCCCUCCCGAGCUGUUUCCACCAUGUCCCUCUCCGUGCGCCCGUCACGGCGAAUCCUCUCCAGGUCCAUCACUAGGAGCCAGUCCUUCGCCGGAGUCAACUCCCACGACAAGCCCUACAGGAACCUGUCGGUGUUCAGCACCCCGGCCUGCGCGAGGAAGACCCCGUCACGAGCGAGCAGGAUGUUCACCCUCUCCGCCAAAUCCCCGCCCCCGAAGGUUCCCCAGCCCGAGCGGCUGGACGAGGUGUACGAGGCGCUGAAGAGAGGCCUACAGGCUUACCUGCAAGUCCAUCAGCUGGAGCUGGACAGCCUCAGCCGACAGAUGAGAGAGUCCAAGAGGAACUCCAGGCUGGGCUUUCUGUACGAGCUGGACAAGCAAGUAAAAGUGAUUGAGAGAUUUAUGCGACGGUUGGAGUUCCACCUCAGUAAGAUCGACGAGCUGUACGAGGCCUACUGCAUGCAGCGCAGACUGCGGGACGGAGCCAAUAAAAUGGUGAAGGCCUACACCGCCUCCCCGGGGAGCCGAGAGGCUCGGGAGAGCCUGUCAGAGGCCAACAAGGGCUACAAGGAGUACACCGAGAACAUGUGCAUGCUGGAGAGUGAGCUGGAGAAUCAGCUGGGAGAGUUUCACAUCAAGAUGAAAGGUCUGGCAGGCUUCGCCCGGCUCUGCGCGGGAGACCAGUACGAGAUCUUUAUGAAGUAUGGACGGCAGCGCUGGAAGCUGAAGGGGCGGAUCGAGAUCAAUGGCAAGCAGGUGUGGGACAGCGAGGACAUGGUCUUCCUGCCACUCAUCACGGAGUUCCUGUCAAUCAAGGUUACAGAGCUGAAGAGCCUGGCCAAUCACGUGGUGGUGGGGAACGUGUCCUGCGAGACGAAGGACCUGUUCGCCGCUCUGCCCCAGACCGUGGCGGUCGACAUCAACGACCUGGGCACCAUCAAGCUCAGCCUGGAGGUGACGUGGAAUCCCUUCGAUAAGGAUGACCCGGGUUCGUCUGCCGCAAGCACGGUCAACAAAGCCCCCUCGGUCAACAAGCGGUUCUCCACCUACAACCAGAGCCCCCCGGACACGCCAUCGCUACGGGAACAGGCCUUCUAUAACAUGCUGCGGAGGCAGGAGGAGGUGGAGAACGGGACGGCCUGGUCCAAUUCGUCCGAGUCUUCCGACGAUUCCUCCAGCCCCCAGCUCUCCCUGGGCCUCCGCCACUCCCACAAGACCCUGGUGCAGCCGGAGGUGCAGGCGGCCGCCCCCGCCAUCGAGAUCUCCUUCGCCCCCCGCGAGUCCGCUGCCUCCACCCCGACCCGCGCCACCGGGCGCGGCAAGGAGGACGAAGAGGAGGAGGAGGAGGAGCUGAAGGUCGCCCUGGCGACGGGGGAGGAGGACUCCGGGGCGCAGAAGCAGGCGGUGCCCAACGGCCACGCCCGGUACUCGCGCUCCCUCAGCCACAUCAGCGAGCACAGCGUCGACGGCGCGGUCGCGGGGGAGAGGACGGCGGGCGAAUCCGCCGAGCCGUCCGAGGUCGGCUCCGUGGCCUCGGCCGUCUCCGUCGGCGACGUUGUCAUGGAAGUGCCCGUGUCUCCCAAGGCGGGGGCUCUUCCCGUUUCCUCGGAGGCCCGGCAACAGAGCCCCCCGGUGCCCCUGCCCCCCGUGGACUAUGAAAUCCUCCCGGAACCCCUUCCCGGGUCGGGGGAGGGACACCCUGCUCUUUCGGAAAAGGAGGUGGAGGAGCAGAAGAGUAGGCCCGAAGCCAGGGACUCGCCUGACCACGAGGCCCCACAGCCAGAGAGCCUGGAUCGGGCUUCGUCUGACUCAGGGACUGGGGCAGAGGAGACGGCAGUGACAGAGGAGCCCUGCUCGCCUCCCUGCGCCAGCGUACCUCGGACUGAAGCGGAGGCGACUCAGGGCGACCCUCCGGCAGUCACGCCCCAGCCGCCUGCGCUGACGAAGGGGACGGAGGACGCACCGCAGACGCAGGCUCCACAGGCCACAGUGGAGGAGGCCGAGAAGCCUGGGGCCGUAGUAGCGGCUCUGCCCGAGAACAAUGAGGGGCAGCAGCCCAUGGACAGUGAACUGGAGGAGGCGUUGAAUGCUGUCAUCUCCUCCCUGGAUGACUACAGGGGCCAGUUCCCCGAGCUGCAGGUCCUAGAGCAGGAGCUGAGACUCCUGGAGGGGGCAUUAACGGGCCGCAGUCGAAGCCGCUCCUCGAGCGUGAGCCUGACAGUAGAGACUGCUCUUGGGAGCUUCGACUUCCUGAAUACCUCUGACCUGGAUGACGAGGUAGACGAGGAAGAGGAAGAUGGGGAGGAGAAAAAGAAUACCACAGACAGCGAGAAGCCAGGCGCCCACUGCAGGCCAGCAGAGGAGAGUGCGGGUGAGGAUGAGGGGUGUGAGGAGCGCUGCUGGGGGUCGCCCUCUGGGCCCAUGAGCACGCGGUGCCCCACCCUAGACGAGGCCCUGCUGGUCCACCUGAGGAACUGCAGCGCCCAGCUACUGAAACUGGGCACGUUUGGGCCCCUGCGCUGUGGGGAGAUGUAUGCCCUGGACCGCCUCCUCAGGGAGGCCCGCGUGCUGGAGCUUAUCCGCCAGCUCACUGAGGACUCGCCCUCCCGGAUCACCCAGCCCAACAAGGUGGUGCCACAGCUAGAGCAGUGCCAGGGUGCCCUGUCGCUAUGGAGACUGUGCACAGACGGCGCCGACGUCUACAAUGUCUCCACAGAGGUGUUCUUGCGUGCCCUGGGCACGGCCUACGCUAGCCAGCUGCCCGAACACGGUGCCACCUUGGCAGAUACAGUGUUUCUGAGCCUGGCGGAGAGGAUCCUGGAGCGCAGGCUGCCCCGGCGGGGGGGCGGAGCGGGCAGAGAGGCGCUCACCAUCUUCCAGUUCUGGAGCUACCUGGAGGCUGAGGGAGUGAUCGCGCUGGAUACACACAUCACCGAGCUGGCAGAGGAAGUGUGGCUGGUUCAGUCCCUGCAGUCAGGGGACCAGGACACCCUGCUGAAGACCCUGAAGAGACCCCCGGAGUCCAGCCUGAAGAGGGAGGGCCUGCGCGCCAUUAGCCUGCUGCUGACGGACCCCCGGGCCAAGGUGUGCGCCGCGGCGAGCUCCCUGCUCCGAAGCCUGGCCGACCAGCCCCGCCACCGCGAGAGGGCCCUGGUGAGCUGCCUGGAGCUGCUGGAGGACGGCAGCGUCGGCACACGAGUGUCCGGUUGCAAGGCCCUGGCGUGUCUGAAGGCCAAAGAGAGCAUCGAGCAGCUGGUGUACCUGUGUCGGACGGACAAAGAGGACGUGCGGGACGCGGCCAAACAGGCCCUGCUGGCUCUGGGCGAGGAGGGAAAGCUGGCCUAUCGGCACGUGGAGGAGGUGAAGGACGGCGUGCCCCGCCUCUUCGCCCCCGGCAGCAUGGCCAGCACCGCCUUCUGAGACUGCGACCAGCCGCCAUUCCCAUGGAAACGACCAUAACCAUGCCAACACGCGCCAGCACAGCCACAACCAGACCUGCUGUUCGCACACACACACACAUGCACACACGCAUAUUCAAACACGCUCAUAGUGAGUGCAGUUAGACAUACACGGCCAUGAAGUGUGGGAUCACAAACUGACACACAGGCACACAGCCAGGGUGAGUGUUGCUACACAUGCACAGCCAUGAAGUGUGGAAUCAAGAAGCUGUUUUACACAUGCAUGCGCACACACACAAACACACACACACAAAUGGUUAGAGUGAGUCCUGUUAACACGUGCACAGAAAGGGUGGCAUUACAGACUGAGACACAUGUACACACACAGCCAGUGAGUGCCAUUACACAUGCACAGCCAACAAGUGUGGGAUUAGACACAGGGAGACACACGCAAAAUUGACAGUGUGGCGGCAGUUUCCGUAAUAGGGACAUGAACUUGUUUCAUAAUAUCAAUGAAGAUGAAUAUACGUAAAUGUCUAUCUAUAUAUAAGUGAUAAUUCUGAAUAUUUCUGUAGAGCUGUGACACUGUGGAGAAAAGACAGAGUUUUUACUGCCUUAUGUAGUGGCCUGGUGGUUGUUGCCUUUUGAGCUCACCAGAGGGGUCCCGCGGAAACUGAUGUAGGGGUGUCUCAUUGAGCUGUGAGCGCAAGCACUGAUUGGAUGAGAAGAAUGAAGACCUGAAGAAUGGCUGGACUGAAAGAGGCAUAUGUGGGAUGGGAGGGAAUUUAAGAGGGCAUGACAUUUUGAUGUGGAAGAGAUGGUCCUGUUCACUUUUUUUUUUGUUUUUGAGUUUGAACUAUGACCACCUGCUGAAUUUUUGGGUGGAACUGGUUGGCUUCUGGGUGCACAGUGCACGGGCACGUGGCUGGGGGGAGGGGACGGAGACUUGGGGACGGGCAAUGCCUGUCCCCGAGUUUGUGGGAGGAAGUGGAGGAGUUUUCCUCAAAGAAUCCUUGCUUUACAAGGACCUGGUUUCAACACUCUGGGGAUUUUGAUCAUAAAAUGUGUUCAUUAUAUUACAGUGCCAUCAUUCCAUACUAUUAUUAUAUUUGCUUUAUAAAAACGUAUCUAUAUUCCACUGGAGGUGUAGACAUUUUCUUACUGUGCUGUAAUUCAGUUAGCCAUCUUUAAAUCAUUAAAGCACAGACCUAUAUUUGGUGCUUACACAUCAAUCACCCACAUUGCACAUCCAGAGGCUUAUGCCACUAGCGAUAUAACUGAAGACUAUUGAUCAUUUCUGCUGUAAAGAGUGGGGGGAGGUUUUUUUUUUUUAUUACUGUGGGAAUCUGUAAACUGUGGCAGACGCCAUCUUUUAGUGAUGGGGAAAAUGGUAUUGUCCCCUUGGAAGACCACAGGAUUGGCGUUGGUUAAUAUGCAGUGUGACAUCAGAUUGCCCAGGUUCUGGUGCAUUCUAAGAGUGCUGGUUGCAGGAAGACAAAGUGGUUCCUGAGGAGAGCCUGGAAUUCACUGAACACAUUCUUAAAUUGAUUCUUCAGUUUUGUUCUGUUGGACAUGGAAAGCUUGGGCAGUGGAUGCCUCUUCGAUAUUUAAGUGCCUCAAGUUACAGUGGAGAGUGUUUUAAAGAAAUGAAUAAAUGAAAUAGACAUUUGUAUUUAAGAGUUGCUGUGGAAACAGAUAAACUGCAGCAAAGAUUUAAGUAUAUUGUUUUAUUUUCCAUAUGACUUACAGAUUGUGCAGCAUAAGAUACAAAUGAUUUACUAUUGAGUUUUUUUUUCUACAUAAUGUAUAUUGUCUGACAGGAAUCUUGCCUGACGUAAAAUGUAAACAAAAAUUAUAAAGAUAUGUUGGAAAAAA